UUCUCGGACCAAAGGCAUUUCUCGCGUUGCUUUACGUGAUUGACACGCACUACUACAACAACAUGUCGAGCCUUGAUGAUACUGAAGACGUUGCUUUGGAUUUUGGGUCGGAAGAUGACUGGAGAAGGCACAGAGCUGUACGCUAUCCAGGGGCAGCUUUCUUCCAUCUUUUCUUCCGCAUUGGUGCAGUAGUAUCUUACCUCUUCUGCAGUUUUUACCAGACCAGUUUCAUCAUCAAUUUCAUCAUCAUUCUCUUCUUUGUCUCGUUGGAUUUCUGGACCGUCAAGAACGUGACGGGGCGUUUGUUGGUUGGUCUGAGGUGGUGGAAUCACAUAGAUGAGGAUGGAACAAGCCAUUGGGUUUAUGAAUCAAGGAAGGGAUCCAAGAAAAACACUGAAACAGCAACAGAAGCAAGGUUAUUCUGGCUGGGCUUGGUCAUCUUUCCCCUGCUUUGGGUCAUCUUUGUAUUUGUCAAUCUUUUUUCACUCCGAUUUGCGUGGCUGGUUGUAACAAUUGUUGCUCUGAUGCUAAGCGGAGCUAAUCUUUAUGGUUACAUCAGAUGUAAAGUGGGUUCUAAGAAGCAACUGUCAACCAUUGCUACACAGUUUCUUGGUCAGCAAAUGAUGAGCAGGGCAAUGGCCAGUGCAACUGGAGCCGGUGGGGACAGUGGAUAGGAAGACAGUGUUCAACAACUCAUGUAAGAAGAGAAUUUACUAUGUAUAGAAUUAUUUAUUACCAUUGUAAACUCUAAGAGUUUCAUUGUUUGUGCAGACUUUGUCCGUUUAGUCAUUGCACCUGUAGGAUACCAAUAGCCACUGCCUCACAAACUCAACAUGUUAUUGGUUUACGAUUGUCAUACCCCAUUCCUGGUAUUGGCUUUUGAAAAUCUUGGGUCAACAGACUUGAUUGAAGGCACUGGACAUUGGUAAUUACUCAUAAAGACAAUGCAAUUAUUCCAAGAAAAGGUUUUUUAUUGGCAAAGUAAAGCAGCAGUGAUGUUGAACACAGUACUGUUGAGGGAGAAAAUGUCUUAACUGGAGUUUUUUUUAACGAGAGAUAAUGGUGAAGGUGACUUGUAAAGACAAUGUAACAAUAUGUACAUAAAGAGUGUGGGAAUGUAACGGCUAGAAAUGCUUCACAAGCAGUACGUAGCUUUACUUAGAAGGUGCUGGUUAAAGGCAGUGGACACUAUUGGUAAUAACUCACAAUAAUUGUUAGCAUUUUUUUAUUAAUACUAUUAUUGGUUUAUUAAAAAUUUAAACAUCGCAGCCGAGGGCUGAAUUGAGUUUAAAAGAUACACAACAAGAAUAUACGUUGUAAAAACAUUUUAAAAUGUUACUUGGUAAUGAGUAAUGGGGAGCUGUUGGUAGUAUAAAACAUUGUGAGAAACG